AUGGACGGGCACCGUAUAACGCUAUCUAGUGACUUUUUGCAAGAUUUUGCUCUAUCGAACCAGGCUACUUAUAGGAAGACUGAUUUUGAUUUGGACCAUGGUGGCGAAGUUCCUUGUCGUGAUUUUGAGUUGAAUUUGGCUAAAUGUUUGAACAAGUUUGAGAGUGUGAUAACUGCGACUGUUUCAUCUUCUAGUCAAGUUAUCGACCCUUUUAUAUCUAGGGACUUCGAGAAGGUUCUCCAGUGUAGCAAGUUAUUCAAGGAAUAUGAAUCAUUCGAGGGCCCUAUUAUCGGUAUCGACUUGGGUACUACCUAUUCCUGUGUGGGUAUCUACAAGAACGGUCGUGUUGAGAUCAUCACUAACGAGAUGGGUAAUCGUAUCACGCCAUCUUACGUAUCUUUCACUGAUGAUGGUCACAAGGUGGGUGAGGCUGCGAAAAGUGACGCCACAAUUAACUUCACCAACACGAUUUUUGAUGUAAAGAGGCUGAUCGGUAGGAAGUUCAAUGAUAAAGAGGUGCAAAAUGACAUGAAAUUACUCCCAUACACUAUUGUUAAUAAAAAUGGUCGCCCUUACAUUCAGAUUAAAGGUGCCCAAACUAAAGAGUACGCUCCUGAAGAGAUCAGUGCUAUGGUCCUUAAGAAGAUGAAACAGAUUGCUGAGAAUUAUCUCGGUAAAGAGGUGCACAAGGCCAUUAUCACUGUACCAGCAUAUUUCAAUGAUGCUCAACGUCAAUCUACUAAGGACGCUGGUGCCAUCGCUGGACUUGAGGUUGUACGUAUCAUCAACGAACCCACCGCCGCUGCCAUUGCCUACGGUAUCGACCGUGCUACCACCGAGUCCAAUAUCCUCGUCUACGAUCUUGGUGGUGGUACUUUCGAUGUCUCGGUGUUAAUGUUGGACUCUGGUGUUUUCGAGGUUAUCGGCACAGCUGGUGAUACCCACCUUGGUGGUGAAGAUUUUGACCGUCGUGUUAUGGACCAUUUCAUAAAGAUUUUCAAGAAGAAACACGGUAUCGAUAUUAUGAAGGACAAGCAGGCUGUUCAGAAACUGCGUAAGGAGGUUGAGGCGGCCAAGCGUACGUUAUCUUCUACUACCGAGACUACUAUUGAGAUUGAGGAUUUGAUAGAUGGCAAGGACUUUAAUGAGACUUUGACUCGUGCUAAAUUUGAAAGUUUGAACGAGGACCUGUUCGUGAAGACUCUGGACACUGUGAAGGAUGUGCUGAAGACCAUCCAGAUGUCAAAGACUGAGAUUCAGAAGGUGGUUCUGAUUGGUGGUUCUACUCGUAUCCCUAAGAUUCGUAAGAUGAUAGAAGAGUUUUUCGGCAAGGAGCCUGAUUAUGGUAUUAACCCUGAUGAAGCUGUUGCUUACGGUGCUGCUAUGCAGGGUGGUGUGUUAUCUGGUGAAUCUACUCACGAUGUGUUAUUGUUAGAUGUGUGUCCUUUGUCUUUGGGUAUCGAGACAGUUGGUGGUGUUAUGUCCGUGAUUAUUGAGAGGAACUCUUUGUUGCCUGCUCACAAGUCUCAAAUCUUCUCUACUUCCUCGGACAACCAGUCCACCGUGACCAUCCAGGUGUACCAGGGUCAGCGUACUAUGACUAAGGACAACACUCAUCUCGGUAAAUUUGAUUUGACGGGUAUCCCUCCUGCCCCUCGUGGUGUUCCUCAGAUUGAGGUAACUUUUGACGUGGACACCAACGGUAUUUUGAGUGUGUCUGCUGAAGAGAAAGGCAGUGGUAACAAGCGUAACAUUGUGAUUACCCCUGACAAGGGUCGUUUAUCUCCUGAAGAGAUUGAGCGAAUGAUAAAGGACGCUGAGGCUAAUGCUGAGAAGGACAAGGAGAUAUUUGAGAAGGUUCAGAGCAAGCAGGCUCUAGAGGUGUACCUUGAUUCUAUGAAGCGUACUGUUCAAGACAAGGACAAGUUGGGUCAGAAGAUCGAGGAGGAUGACAAGGAGAUAAUAUUGCGUGCAAUUAAUGAAGCUGAAACGUGGAUGUUGCAACAUCCUAACGCUGAUGCUCAAGAGAACACAGAGAAACAACGUGAGGUUGAGUCUAUCUGUAACCCUAUCAUUAGCAAGUUGGGUGUGUCAGUUGGUCCGUUUCGCGUUGAUGAGUUUGGGUGUUUAUCGUGGUUGAGCGUGCGAUUGUUGCGUCGCCCAUCUAUAUGUUCACGUAGAUGUUCUAGUGUCCCAAUACCUUCUUUUGAGGAGUGCGAUAGUUGCUACGAAGUAGGUUCAACUAUGGACGUUGAUAGCGAUAAGCGCGUAAGUAGCCGGGGUACGUACCCAAACGUUGACUUGCCUAUCAUUUUGCCCAAGUAUUACGCGGAUGUGAACAGCAAGCGUGGCCCUGAGUAUUGGGAUUAUGAGAACAUAACUAUAACAUGGAGUUUUCCUACAAAUUAUGAAAUUGUUCGUAAGAUCGGCCGUGGCAAGUACAGCGAGGUGUUUGAGGGUACUAACACUGUAACACAACAGCGUUGUGUGAUAAAGAUACUGAAACCAUUGAAAAAGAAGAAGAUAAAGCGUGAGAUAAAGAUACUUCAGAAUUUGAGUGGCGGUCCAAAUAUUAUCCAAUUAUUAGAUGUUGUUAGGGACCCUCAGAGUCGUACUCCAUCACUUAUAUUCGAAUACGUGAAUAAUACCGAUUUCAAAACAUUGUAUCCUACGCUGAGCCUACUGGAUAUCAAGUAUUACAUGUACCAACUGCUCAAGGCAGUGGACUACUGCCAUAGCCAGGGUAUAAUGCAUCGUGAUGUUAAGCCGCAUAAUGUCAUGAUCGACCAUGAGAAGCGUAUUUUAAAAUUGAUAGAUUGGGGUUUAGCUGAAUUUUAUCAUCCUGAGCAAGCGUAUAAUGUACGUGUUGCCAGUCGUUAUUACAAGGGUCCCGAGUUGUUAGUUGAUAUGAAGCUUUAUGAUUACAGUCUUGAUAUUUGGAGUAUCGGUUGUAUGUUAGCUGGUAUAAUAUUUAAAAAGGAGCCUUUUUUUUAUGGUCACGAUAACUAUGACCAGCUUGUGAAGAUCGCUAUGGUUUUAGGUACGGAAGAUUUGCGUGCCUAUUUUAUGAAAUACGGGCUCAAAGUGGCCCCGGUAUACGAGAAGAUAUUGGGUAGUUACCCACGUAAACCAUGGUUGAAGUUUAUUCACCAUGAUAACCAGCAUCUCUGUGUCCCAGAGGUUAUUGAUCUCAUCGACAGAAUGCUUGUAUAUGAUCACACGAUGAGGAUCACACCUCGCGGUGCUAUGGCUCAUCCUUUUUUUAAGGAAGUUGCCGAGAACUAA